UGAGUGCAGACAGCAAGCAUGUCCGAAUACAACCGAGGCAGGGAACUAGAAGCAUUUGAUGAGACGAAAAGCGGCGUGAAGGGGCUUGUGGACUCUGGAAUCGCAAAUAUUCCUCGUAUUUUCGUCCACGAAGACUACAUACAGGAUGACAAGACGCUCUGCGAUCUAAGCGUUCCAGUGAUUGACUUGGGAUUGUUGAGCAAUGAUCGUGGCGACAUCAUCGAUCAAGUCAGAGCCGCCUGUGAAGAAUGGGGCGUUUUCAAGAUUGUGAAUCAUGGAAUCCCAACGAGUUCGAUAAGCAAAGCGAUGGAGGCAGUGAAGGAGUUCCACGAGCAGGACACGGAGGCAAAGAAGCAGUACUACACGCGGGAUAACGCGAAGAAUGUGGUCUACAACAGCAACUUCGAUCUCCAUACAAAUGCUGCUACUAACUGGAGAGACAAUCUCUAUUUGAUCAUGGCUCCCAACCCUCCUACUGCUCAGGAGCUGCCUCAAAUAUUCAGAGAUCCGAUGAUUGAAUUCUCGGAGCAAGCUAAGAAUGUGGGAAUCAAUCUGUUUGAGUUGCUGUCUGAAGCUCUUGGACUGAAGAGGAGUCAUAUGAUAGAGAUGGAUUGCGCGAAGGGAGAGUUUCUUGCUUGCAAUUACUAUCCAGCCUGUCCGGAGCCCCACAUGACGUUAGGAUUCGAGAGUCUCACAGACAGUGGAUUUCUCACUCUUCUGUUGCAGGACGAAAUCGGGGGACUGCAGGUCCUGCACAAGGAUCACUGGGUUGAUGUGCCCCCUUCUCCCGGAGAUCUUUUCGUGAUCACCGGAGAUAUGAUGGAGGUAAUCAAGUUGGUAGGAUGCCACAUGAUUCUGUUAUGCAUCAGUAUCAUAAUGAUGAUCAUGCUUUUGUUGCAGUUGAUCACAAAUGCUAGGUUUAAGAGUACAUACCACAGAGUUUUGGCGAAGAAUUCGGGCCCCAGAAUCUCACUGGCGUUCGUGUUCAGGAUGCAUCUCGAAGAAAGUGGGAGCUCCAGGCUUUAUGGGCCGAUCAAGGAGCUCUUGUCUGAACUUAAUCCACCCAUUUAUAGGGAAGCCAAGGGAGAAGAGAUUGUUGCGUGUCGAUAUGCAAAAGGUAUAGAGAAGAAGACUCCAUUACUGUGGCAUUUCAAGCUCAAGACACAACUGACAUGAUCAGAACCUUGCAUGCUGAGAUGAUCUUUUGAAUCAUCAUCACCAUAUACAAUUUGUGAUGCUAUUUCCUUUCUGUCUUGAUCCAAUAA